ACAGUGCCAUUCAUGGAUCUACUUUCUAAUCCAUGUUUCUUUGCUGCAUUUUCUGCAGUUUUAACUCUUUUGAUGGUUAAAGUUAUGUUGAGAAGAUUGCAGAAAAGGGAAAGAAAGAAGUACCAUCCUGUUGCUGGUACCAUAUUUAAUCAGAUGCUGAACUUCAAUAGGUUGCACCAUUAUAUGACUGAACUUGCAGGCAAAUACAAGACAUACAGGUUGCUCAGUCCUUUCAGAUAUGAGGUUUACACUGCAGAACCAUGUAAUGUUGAGUAUAUACUCAAAACCAGAUUUGAGAAUUAUGGAAAGGGGUUGUACAACUACAACAAUUUGAAGGAUUUACUAGGUGAUGGUAUUUUCACUGUUGAUGGUGAGAAAUGGCGUGAACAAAGGAAGAUAUCGAGUCAUGAAUUCUCCACCAAAAUGUUAAGGGACUUCAGCAUUUCAAUAUUCAGAAAGAAUGCAGUAAAACUUGCAAACAUAGUGUCUGAAGCUGCAACUUCUAAUAGUACAUUGGAAAUCCAAGACCUUUUAAUGAAAUCAACUCUGGAUUCAAUUUUCCAAGUAGCAUUUGGAACUGAACUUGACAGCAUGUGUGGAUCAAAUCAAGAAGGGAAGAUUUUUGCCGAGGCUUUUGAUACUUCAAGUGCACUAACCCUUUAUCGUUAUGUAGAUGUCUUCUGGAAGAUAAAGAAAUUUCUGAAUAUUGGAUCAGAGGCCACGUUAAGAAAGAACACUGAAAUUUUAAAUGAAUUUGUUUUUAAGCUGAUCAACACUAGAAUUCAACAAAUAAAGAUUUCAGAGGAUGUUUCUACUAGUAAACGAGGAGAUAUUCUCUCAAGGUUUCUGCAAGAGAAAGAAUAUGAUCCAAUAUACUUAAGAGAUAUAAUUCUAAACUUUGUUAUUGCUGGGAAAGACACAACAGCUGCCACACUUGCUUGGUUCUUGUACAUGCUAUGUAAGUAUCCUGCAGUUCAAGAAAAAGCAGCAGAAGAAGUGAAAGAAGCAACUAAAACAAAAACAAUUAGUAGCUAUACUGAGUUUGUGUCCAGUCUCACGGACGAAGCUCUUGAAAAGAUGAAUUAUCUCCAUGCAGCAAUUACAGAAACUCUCAGACUUUAUCCUGCAGUUCCCGUGGAUGCAAAGAUUUGUUUUUCUGAUGAUACAUUACCAGAUGGAUAUAGUGUAAAUAAAGGAGAUAUGGUAAGUUACCAACCAUAUGCUAUGGGUCGGAUGAAAUUCAUUUGGGGUGAUGAUGCAGAAGAGUUUACACCAGAAAGAUGGCUUGAUGAGAAUGGCAUUUUUAAGUCAGAGAACCCUUUCAAGUUUACAGCUUUUCAGGCUGGUCCUAGGAUUUGUCUAGGAAAGGAGUUUGCUUAUAGACAGAUGAAGAUAUUCUCAGCAGUAUUGUUAGGCUGUUUCCGCUUCAAAUUGAAUGAUGAGAAGAAAAAUGUCACUUACAAGACGAUGAUAAAUCUUCAUAUUGAUGGAGGUCUUGAAAUCAAAACCUUCCACAGACAAGGGAUUAGAAGAUGAUUUUUAGACAAUCCAAACUCUAAAGAGAAGCUCAAAGUAGUUCAAUAAAAGGGCAGUGUAUCAAAAUUCAAUGAUAUGAAUUGUCGACAGAUAUUGUGCAUAACCAAGGUAAUAAUGUAUUUUUUAUUCUAAUUACUGAAUAUGAUUAUUAG